CUGCAACUCCGAUAUCAUUGGCGAUGACGCGAAGCAGCUUGAAGAAACUCCUUUCGUCAUGGCUGCUUCUGCAGAGAGGGCGGCGUUGUGGCGAUAUCCGAUCCCAUUCCACCACGGCCAGCUAUCAGUUGUCGUGGCAGAAGAUGGCCUGGUGCUGGGGAACCACACCCAAACCGCUGCAACAACGACGUCUCGUGAAAGAACUAAGCCCAUAAUGUCCUUGGAGAGAGAAUCAUUCAGCAUGAUAACCAGGAGCAGUUUCAAAGGUGGCAAUACCGGGCGACGCCUGAGCGGUGUUCCCCCGAAGCUGUUAUCGGCCAUUGUCCUCCCCCAAGAAGUAUAACUGGUUACUGGCAGAUCAUCCAAUCCUCCUGGCCUGACCGCCAAUAGCCAUCUGUAAUGACAACUUUCGAGAUUACAGUAGGAUCCAUAUGGGGCUUGAGUCGGUGUUGCAGCAUUCGGAGAACAUGGUCUUCAGGUUUGUACCUCAGCCUUGCACUGUGUGGCAUCUCCGGUGCCCUCCAACAACACACCUCAUCUCCCCUAAUUUUCAACCUCACGCAAAGCGACAAAGCGAUGCACCUCCGGCGGCCGCCAUUCCCAUCGUGAUAUUUUGAACACAGGAUCACUGUUAACCUGUGCUCUACGCGCCAAGGCCGAUAUCUGGUGCUUCCGUGAACGCCUCAGGGUAUUUAGAUCUCUCACUUUUGGCUGCGCCUCAUUCUCUUCUUCUUCCUUCACCACCUUUCACUCUUCUCUCCAUCCCUUCCAUUCAUCCAUCCCAUUCACACCCUUUACCGUUCAUUCAAAGCCCUUGAACAAUCGUUCUAACACCUCUUCCCCUCUCACAUUCAUUGUGACCGGGCUUCAACAUCAUGUUGCAGGUCGCACUCCUCAUCCACUUGGUGGUGGUCCUUUUGGGCCUCACGCCUAAGUUCGCAGGCGCCACUGAUCUGGCAACCUUUACGGUUACAGAGACAGCUAGUCAGGUCCUCUCCAUUGUCCAUCCGGUUACUGUCACUGCGACAGCGAUUACCUCCAAUGUCAGCUUGGUUGAAUCGGUUGUCAACUCAUCUGUUACCGCGACUCUCAGUUCAACUGUCUCUACCGGUUUGACCUCUAACGCGACAGUGACUGUUGGUACUACCACUUCCACUACAGCACAAGCUUCAGUUGCAAUUUCUACCGGAACCACCACUGUGACUCGUACCCAGUCCCUGACUUCCACUAUUGUUCUGGCUUCAAAUUCCUCAACUGCGGCUUCUGCCAAUUUGUCAACUGCGACUUUUGCCAAUGCCUCAGUUUCAGAUCACCCUACUGGUUCAGUCCUCCCACUUGCAUCAUUAGCUCCAUAUCACAAUGUGACCGCCACAGUCACUGUGACUGCGAACUGCACUGACAAGAAUGGUACUGCUGCUGGUCAUACAGUGACCUUGACAUCUUAUGUCAGUGGUGGUCUGGUCUCACAUACGAGCUUGACUUCUGUGUCUUCGGUCUCUGGUCACAAUGUGUCAACUAUGUUUGACCAUACCACCUUGCCAGCUGUUGGCAGCAUUCGUCCACUCAAUGCGACUACUGCGACACAAGUGUUGACUGUGACUGUGAGCCCAGUGCCAGUCAUGACAUCUACUUCAGUCUCUGGUUCUGUCUCUACGUCCAGCACAGUUGAAACUCGUACUGUCUUGACUAGCAGUACUUCAACCAUGACUGCCAUCACCACCAUGACUGCUACGCAUGCAGCAUUGACUGGCAUGUCAACUCUGACAUCGCCUCUGAUGGUGACCUCUGCGGCCUUGCCCUCUUCGAUGCUUUCUCUGGUCUCAUCAUCCAUUGAAUCUGUGUCCACAUCAGCUGUUACUGCUACGACCGUGGUGACUAGCAGCAUUACGAGCACCAAGACUGUGACCUCUUUGGCCAGCACCUCGAAUGCUGUUCCCCCACCACCUUCUAUGUCAACUGGUGCAGAUGUGACCGUCACUCUCACCCUUACGAGCCUUGUUACAGUGGUCCCUCAGUCUCUUGUGACCUUAACUAGCACUAUCGCGUCUUUUGUCACAUCAUCAAGCAUUGUCUCACCUUCUUUCGCGACAUCUACUCAGGAGGACACCUCGACUACUGUCACUAAAACUCUGACUGUCGUGGCAUCCACCCCUGUCACAACCAAGACUUUAACUGUUGUUGCAAACGCCACCACCACUGCGGUCAACUCUACUCAGUCCUUGUCUACGAUUACAGCGCUUACCACUGUCACUGAAUCCCAGUCCAUCUCUGUCAUUGGCGAGAACCAGACGGUCACUGUCACUGAGGCUGCUACCACCAUUGUCUUUACGACUUUGAGCACUGCUUUGACUGUGUCUGGAAAUGCAUCUUCUGCAGCUUUCGGAACUGGCAAUCGUACUGCUAUGGGUGGUCCUACAGGGUCUGCUUUUAGCACUGGUUUUCCGACUGUUGUCCAGGAUGGCAGCAUGAGCUCGCGUGUUAUGCCUGGCCCUGUUCCUGAGUCUGCCUCACCAUCAGUCUUUCCACCCAUUACUCCAGCCACAGGUGGUUCCAACCGCGCCAUGACACCCAAUAGUGUCUUUAAGGUUCUCAGCCGUUUUGCCGCGUUGGUUCAGGGUAUCAAGUUUGUGCAGUCUGCCAAUAUCGCGAGCAAUAGCAGUGGUAUUGUUAUUAUCCACGGCAAUGGUACUUCCAGCACCUCAACAUGUACCGACAUCACCACUUCUGCUAUUCGCGGUACUAUUGAGAGCAUGGCGCCUGCGAUUACUUCCACCGUGCCUGGUGCUGGACCUGGUGCACCCACUACUACCAUUCAUCCGGUUGAAGGUGAUGGUCAUGGCCAACCGCUGUCCCUAGGCACCGUUGUUAUUGUUGGCACUCUAGCUCCGGCUCAGACUACUUCUUCUCUCAACUCAACCUUCACUCUUCCCUCUACUUCUUCUUUGGUCACCAACAACAACAACCAUUCAACCACCACUGUUACAGCGGUUGUUACUGCAAAGACCACUGUUCCAGUUCUUCUCAAUACCACUGUUCCUUCGAUUUCAUCCUCCGGCACCGCCGCAGUUUCGAACUCCUCGUCCCUCUCAUCUCUGACCACCUCUGCUCAAGAUGGACCCUCUUCGAGUUCGCAUUCUAGUGGAUCUGAUCGCGUCAGCACUGAUCUUCCUAGCAGUGUCGCGCGCUCUAGCCUCUCUUCCAUGGGUACGAAUUCCAGCCCAGUUUCUACUGUUGAUUCACCUGUUCCUUCUAUGCAUCGAACUCUCAAUGGAUCCACAGAUGCUGCGUCUAGCACAAUGGCGAUGGGACCGAGCUCGAGCUCGUCGUCGCAAUCAGGAGGACGAAAUGAGACGUCGGGCUUUCAACUUGGACAACUUGCGGGCGGAUUGGGAGGCUCUGGCACCUCUGGCGCAGGCGCAGGCACCCAACAACAACCUACGCCGACUGUGACUACUCCCUCAAGCGGUCCAGAUCCAUUCAACUUUUCCACGAUGAUCACUCACUCGAACUCGGCUUCUUUUUCUCUUCAGAUUCAGACAAUCUUUAUCAACUCCAGCUUGUCGGUUCUGACGUCCACUCUCACUCUUUCGCCGUCUAUUAGCAGCACCUCUGUGACUGCGCCCUCUGCGACCGUCCCCUCUACGGUUAUUUCUCCUUCGGUUUCUUCUUCUUCAAGCGAACCCCUUCCAACUCUGCCCUCCAGCAUGAGCACGAUCGUCGAGUCGACUUCAACUCCUCACUCUCAUUCAAUGACCUCCACCGUCAUGAUCACCUCCACGAGCACUACUUACACUAGUGGACAAGCUCCUGUGGCGACGAUUACCUCAAGCACCAAUGAGACACCCUCGGCCUACGCUACUCGUCUGGCCAAAUCGUCAAUCAUGUGGAUGGCCAUUGUUGCCGCUGGAGUCUGGAUCGGGUUGUGAUUUCGGAUCUCUGAUCUGUGUCUGGUCUUUGCUGGUUUCUUGCAAACACACUUUCAACUUCUACCUGCACUUUUUACUGCAUUGAAUUUGCAUUGCAUUGCCACCAAACAACCUUCCACCUCACGGCAUACCUCACUUGACUUUCACCUUGUGUCUGUUGUGUGUGGAUGGGUGGACGAACAACUAUCGGCAAUGGCACUCACUACUGCAGUCUACUUACUGGUCUUCUGUGUGUUUCGAUGCAAGGCGGCAGAAAACAGAACAGAAGAGGGACGGAUCCAGCAUCGAUCCUGCAUAUGGCUUGCUUGUUCUUGCCUUUUUUCAUAUGUCUUGUUCUGCUUUCAACUUUUCGGCCAUCCUCUGUCGGAGCCCCUGCGGGAGGGUAAACCGAUAUGAUUCGCCUUGUUUUGCUUUUUCUCAGUUAGUAUCCAGGCCAUCCUCUGUCGGAGCCCCUUCGGGUGGGUAACCGGUAUGAUGGUCUUGCAAAUGUGGCUUGUUCUGCUUUUCUCAGUUAGUACUCAGACCAUCCUCUGUCGGAGCCCCUCCGGGUGGGUAACCGAUAAGAUGGUCUUGCAAAUAGUCUUCCGAGACAGAAAAUUCAUUAUGGUUUGUCCAUAAAAGUAGUUCCGCU